UGGUUAUUGUAUAAUGUUACAUACGUAUGUAUCCUUUAUAUGUAUUACGCUAAUGUUUGUAUAACGUAAAUACGAAAAUUGGGUGUGUUGAUAGGUCCUGUAGGUCUAUAUACUCUUUUAAACAAGUAUAGUUGAUACAUUACGUAUUUUUCACGAUAUAAAUAUAAUGUGGGGUGUAAUAGGUCAAUAUUUAAUGAUAUAUUAGUUCAAUUAAAUUUUCCAAGACUCCAUUCAUAAUGCAUGGGUUGCAUAUGGUGUACCAUUAUUAAAGGUGGCUUACAUCUGCCAUAUGGUGCGUGGUUUACAUAUAUAUAGUUUGUAAUCUUGAUAUUUCCUUCAGAUUCCAACCCUGACCUUACUGUCAGUUGUGUAAAUUUGUAUUUUUUAAAUUGUUGUUAUUUUUGAAAUAUUAUAAAUAUGCCUGUCCCCCCACAAUAUACCGACCUUGGAAAAUCCGCAAAAGAUUUGUUCGAAAAGGGAUUUGGUUACGGAUUUGCGAAAGUUGAUUUGAAGACGAAGACAAGCACAGGAGUGGAAUUCACAACAAAAGGUGCUUCAUGCAACGAAUCAGGAAACAUCAAUGGUUCCCUUGAAACAAAAUAUAAACAACCCAAACAUGGUUUAACAUUCACCGAGAAAUGGACGACCGAUAACAACUUAUCCACUGAAGUUGCAAUUGAAGACCAAAUCGCCACUGGAAUGAAGUUGACUUUGUGCACCUCGUUCGCUCCCAAUACUGGUAAGAAAUCCGGUGCAUUGAAGACCGCAUACAAACGUGAUUACAUCAACUGUAACCUUGAUACCGACUUUAACUUUGCCGGACCAACCUUACAGGGGGCUUGUGUGUUCGGAUACGAGGGUUGGUUGGCUGGUUACCAAUUUGCAUUCGAUACAAACAAGUCCGCGCUCACCAAGAAUAAUGUGGCUGUUGGUUAUAAUGGAGCGGACUUCCAGCUUCUCACCACAAUGAACGACGCCUCUGAGUUUGGAGGAUCCAUCUACCAGAGCGUCAACAAGAACCUUGCUACUGGUAUCCAACUAUCCUGGAGUGCUGGGCAGAAUAACACCAAGUUUGGCGUUGCUACCAAAUAUAACAUCGACGCUGAUGCCGCGCUUAAUGCAAAAGUAAACAACGUCGGUCAAGUAGGAUUUGGAUAUUCACACCAACUUAGAAAAGGUGUGAAACUGACCCUAUCAAGUUUGGUUGAUGCAAAGAAUUUGAACGGUGGCGGCCACAAGCUUGGUCUUGGCGUCGAAUUUGAAGUUUAAACAGCAAAUCAUAGAAAUAGUAUAUUGUGUGAUGUCAUAAUGUCAAUAAGCUUCACGCACCAAUGAACACGAUGGUUCAAAUUACAAAACUUUGUUGUCGAACGUUGUAAAUGUGUUUCGUCGCUUGAAAUAAAUUCAAUAUCUCUA